CCAAGUGAAUUUUACAAAAAAAAAAUAGAUCGAUGGUGUGUGCUGUGUGGUGAAAUUAUUGCAAUAUUUAGAAAAUUUUGCCAAAUCGUUUCAGAGCGCCAGUGUUUGUAUCGUCAGAUCGUUUUUAACCUCCUGAAUCAAAACAACAAACAAAAUGGGUAAUGAGAACUCUAUCCCGAUGGAGCUGUGUUCCAACUUCGACGCGGACGAGAUCCGGCGGCUCGGCAAGCGGUUCCGCAAGCUGGACCUGGACAACUCCGGCGCACUGUCCAUCGACGAGUUCAUGUCGCUGCCUGAGCUGCAGCAGAACCCGCUCGUGCAGCGCGUCAUCGACAUUUUUGAUGCUGACGGCAACGGAGAGGUGGACUUCAAGGAGUUCAUCCAGGGCGUGUCGCAGUUCAGCGUGAAGGGCGACAAGCUGUCCAAGCUGCGGUUCGCGUUCCGCAUCUACGACAUGGACAACGACGGCUUUAUCUCCAACGGGGAGCUGUUCCAGGUGCUGAAGAUGAUGGUGGGCAACAACCUGAAGGACACGCAGCUGCAGCAGAUCGUGGACAAGACGAUCCUGUUCGCGGACAAGGACGAGGAUGGCAAGAUCUCCUUCGAGGAGUUCUGCAACGUGGUGGGCAACACCGACAUACACAAGAAGAUGGUGGUGGACGUGUAGACCGUACCGAGCGAUUGCUGUGCGGUUGCUGCGCGGCUGCUGCGCGGCGCCGGCCGCAUGUGAUGCACCGGGCCGCGUGUAGCGUCCGGCGGCGCCGCGCGGCUCUCCUCUAGCUAGAACACUAUUCAAUUGCGCGCGCGCUGCGGCCCGCUACAUCUCUCGCUUACUCUCAACUAAGCGUUCCCAUCUCAGUGAAGACGAAAAUGUUGUUCCACAUGUGGCCGUGUCGUAUCGUCUAUCGAUUCUUCUUUUCUUAAUACUGAAUUUAGAGUUGAGUAGGAAUGAACUUCGCCGAGGUAACAUUUUUCGUCUCCACUUUUGCGUUGGGAGUGCUCCUCACAACCACACCACGCAUCUACGGUUGCCUCAAAGCCACGCGACCCUUCCGUGACCUCUGCGGCGGGCACUGAAUACACACAGAACAUAAUACUCGCUCAAUUACGACAUUGCAUCUUCUCUUGUGUCGCAUGAGAUUGUCGGAUUGCGUGUAGGUAGGUAAAUGAGGCUCGGUCAGUGGAGUGCGGGCAAUUAUCAUCGCAUUGUGAGACACGUCCACGGCACCGCAGUGCCACACGGCACCACCCCGCGAGCCCUCAGACGCUGGCGUCUGCAUCGGCCGCGGGCCGCGGCGCUGCGCGCCCUCCUAUCAUCUAUCAUCUCUUCUUACCUAACUAUAAGACAUAACUUUAUAUAGUAGACAUACUUAGACGAAACUUUGUAGUCAAAUCAAAUGUAGUUAUUAUAUAUUUUUGUUGCGGUAAUUUAAGUUGUUAUUUAGUAUUUUAUUUUACGAUAGCCAGUCGAUACAAUCGCACGUCCGCCCGCCACCCGCCAGGCACCUGGUGUCCGCAGCAGCCGAGCAGUGUAGCGGCGCCGCCGGCGCGCACUCUCUUAAUGAUCUUAUCGCCUUAUCCGAAUUUUAUACAAAUAACUGUUAAACUUUUAAAGUGUUAGCUUGUUGUAGGUGUCCUCUCCCUACGACCCCUCCCAGCCCCCCUCCCUGUUGCAGGUGCUGGAGGCGCUGGCGCCGCAGUGAGCCGCCCCCGCCUGCCCCUCUCCCCGCCUCGUCCUUCCUGUCCGCUCCGCUCCUUGUACAAACAUACGUAUACAUAUGUAAAUUCAUAAGUUGUGUCGUGUCUUUACUUUUAUAUUUAAGAAUAUGUACCUAUAUUUUUAAUCUAUGAAAUCUUUUAUACUUGGAUUCAUCGGCGGUUAGCGGAGGCCCCCCCGGCGUCCCGCGGCCCGUGGCCCCGCCGGGGGGGCCUGCGGCCGCGCCCGGCGCCGGCUGCCAGCUCCGGUGCACUGACCGUAGCGACACUUGCGGUGUUAUUGUCGCGACGACGCCAGUGUAGCCGCCGGCUAGCGUGAGUGCAGUCGCAGUGUCGCCAGUGUCGCCGCCGGCUAGCGUGACUGUAGUCACAGUGUCGCCGGUACCGUGCGCGGCAUGUUUUCUCUUGAGACAUUAUAUCGUAGCCAUUGCGUCGUGUGUUAUUAAAUUAAUUGAUAGUAGUAAUGUGGUCGACGGCACCUCACGUUAGUAACUAGCAGUGAACGCACGCGAAUCUUAAUAUCUAGUCACAGCUGUUGUGCAUUAUCAAUAUUAUCAUAUACAUUAUUAUAAAAUGUUAUUUUAUUGUCGCCCGCGUCCCGCGGGUCUCCAGUUGUGCAAUCAUGUUGCGAUAUUGAUAGUGUUUAUGAUUAUACCCUUUUUGAAAAAUCGUGUAAGUAUUGUUCGCAAUUUUAACAAAUCGAAUUUUAAAUGUAGCAAUAUACAAUGUAAGGCGCUUCACUCGGGGUUUGGUGGCGUUCUUCACUUAAGUUCGCGGUAAUACAAGUUUUCUCGUAUAAUAUCUUAGAUAUUUGAAGUCAAGUUUUACUAUUAAUAUAUUAACUGUCUUUCACCUUGGAGUGUAGCCCGUCCGUUCUGUCGUAUCAUCUGCGCCCAGUGAAGUGUCCGUGAUGUAUAACUGAUGAAGUGAAGUGCGUCGCUCGACCUCACGUCUUGUCAGGGAUCAACAUCGAGGGGUCCAUUGCACUGGCUGCCUGCAGCUAGUAGGGCAGUGUUUGUAUCAGUAAUGCCUGACCUAUCUUGCCUGAGGGCUGUCGUUGCCGAGAUGUAGUGGAUCCCUCAAUGUACCUCACGCAGUUAUUGAGUAAAGAGUAUCGUACUGUGAAACGUUGAUGUCGUGUCGUCUGCUCAUCUCAUCGGUAGGUAGCGUGUCCUAAUUAAGUGGUAUCAAAUUAAGUUUUAUUUAUAAAUUUUCAAUUUCAA